AUGGAUGAGGGGCUCGCUCACGGUCUCCCGGCGACCGACUGGCAGCCGCCCCCUGUUGCGCCUUUUCAAGGAUCGCCGGCCGGAGCGGCUUUUCAAGGCCCUCCUUAUUUUAACCCUCACGCGCACCAAUACCGCCCCCGGAACUCCCAAGUCGCUGAGAUAACUCAUGGGCUACCGAACUGGGAGCACGGCCAGCAAGCCCGACCGUCUCCUCACUCUUUUGGGUACAGAGAAACGAACAACACGGCACAGUCAGCCCAGACUACCUACCUGGCGUACCGCCUGGAUCAGUUGGAAGAACGUUCAGAGGAGGAGCAGAAGCAGCGUAUCCGCCUUGAGGCCAAGGUGGAUGAGAACGCCCAGACUCUCGCCCAUAUUUUGAAGGAACUGAAGGCUUGGAGGCCUCAGGCUGUGGCGGCCGCUGUGACCAACCCAGUUCCUACUGCUGCCAAUCCGAAUAGCGAAGUGCCCGCUGUUUCAGAUGCACCCAUCCCAUCCAUCGCUGCCGACCCCAUAAACUCGGUCGCCCGCCAGCAGCUUGCGAACCAACUAUCGACCAAGGGGUUUAACCUCCGGCCUCAGCAGAAAAAUGACCGUGCCCACAAUGAUGCGACGGACGAACCCAACAGCGUUGCUGAGAUGGCAGCCCGAGUUCCAAAGCGGCGGGUUCAACCCAACCAAACCAGCAGCCAGGGCGAAUCAUCGAAACGCGCGAAGACGGCGCACCUAAAUCCCGCGGGUGCUAGCCAGAGCGGCCCGGGUCGGGCAGCCUCCUUGCCGUCGCUAGAAGCCCGUUCCACGGCUGUUUUCCGCCCCCGGCCAGAGGCCCAAAAGUCUCCCCAACACCCUCAACAAGAGCCGCAGCAGGAGCAGCAGCAACAGCAGCAGGAAGAAGGGGAAGCCGCCGCCAACAGCGCCGCGCCGUCGACCUUGCCCUCAGCCCCGGCCGACAACAACAACCCCAACAACGCCACCGACCUCCGCUGGGCGCGCGAAUUCCUCGCCUUCAUCAAGCGCAGGGACUGCCGCUCCGACGAGGAGUUCCUCAGCCUGAAGAAGUGCGUCAAAGGCCGGGUGUCCUUCGACUUCCCGCUCUGCACCGACUCGCCCACGCGCCGCACCAAGAUCUGCUACUUCCUCAAGGUCGGCGGCAGCCUGAGCACCACGCUGGCCCCCAACCCAGAUAGCCGCCCCGCGGGCCAGCCCGGCGUGGCCCGCGAGGAGGUGGAGAACCUCAACAGCUACGAGACCUACCUGGACCAGCGCUGCGCGGCGGCCACCAACAACGCCUUCCGCGCCUUCCACCCGCCCAAGUACGUGGUGCCGUUGGGUGAGGUGUAUCGCGCCUGCCGGUCGUCGGACGGGCCGGGCGAGGUGGCGUCGACGAAUUUUUUGGUGUUUAUGGAUGUGACGGGCCCGCGCAAGAGCGUGUGGAUGAUGUAUCGGUAUGAGAAGGCGGUUGAGGACCGGGACCGUGUGCAGUGGCGGCCGGUGGCGAUCCACAACGAGCGGGACUCGGUGUUUUCGAGCAGUGUUCGCACUUUUGAUGCGGUGUGCCUGCUGGAGGAUGUUCGGGAUUGGAAGGGCCCUGCGGAGGAGAUGAUUGAUAUGGGCCGGUUUGGGGAGGCUUUGCCCGAGGAGCAGGUCAUUGUCCACGCUGCGUUUUACACACCGGUGCUUGAGAAGAUGAGGGAGGUGCUGAAGACGGGUUGGACGCCGGCGGUGGACCAGGAGGAGUAA